AUAGUAAGACUGUUAUCUCGAACUCAAUGUCAGUUGUCUAAUGUGUUCUGUCGAAUCAAAUUUCUGAAUACUUGCAAACAAAUAAGUAGAAAAAAUUCUGAAUUAUUAAGAUAAAAAUUCAAAAUACUGGGUCAUAUAUAUAAACGUUUACUCAUCGUUAUUAGUUUUUCGUUCACAACUAUGGCUUGGCGAAGUCAUGGAGUUAACAAUGCUGAUAUGAUACGUAAUUUAAGAGCCAACGGAAUCAUAAAAUCAGAUACUGUUGCUAAUGCUAUGCUGGCAGUUGAUAGAAAGAACUAUUGUCCUUAUGCACCUUAUCAUGACUCCCCACAAUCUAUUGGAUACUCUGCCACCAUCAGUGCUCCACACAUGCAUGCCCAUGCAUUAGAGAGAUUGAAAAAUCAAUUGAUACCUGGUGAAAAGGCACUAGAUGUUGGUUCAGGAUCAGGGUACCUAACAGCUUGCAUGGCUAUCAUGUUAGGUGAACAGGGAAUGAUUGUUGGUAUAGAUCAUAUAUCAGAACUUGUAAAUUUAGCAACAAAAAACAUAAAGAAUGAUAAUCCAGGAUUGCUGAAAUCUGAAAGAAUUAAGCUUAUAACUGGAGAUGGUCGCCAAGGCUACCCUGACGAGGCUCCUUACAAUGCCAUUCAUGUCGGAGCAGCUGCACCUACCUUACCUCAAGCUUUAGUUGAACAAUUAAAGCCUGGUGGUCGCUUAAUUGUACCAGUUGGACCUGAAGGUGGAGAGCAACAUCUGACACAAGUUGACAAAGCUGCUGACGGUACUACAACUGUAAAGAAAUUGAUGAGUGUAAUCUACGUCCCCCUGACAGACAAGAAUCAUCAAUAUCGUACUUGGCGUUAACGCUUGCAUCAAUUAAAAUGCGAUAGAAACAUGAUUUUUUUAUUAUAAAAUAUUAAAUUACAGAAUUAAAGAAUAUUUAA